AUAAAUUAGCCACUGCAUCGCCUUUUCAUGAUCCCCCACCCUGCUGCCUGAGACAGCUGUCUCACUUCGUCCGGCUAACCCUGCUUCAUAAACAGGUGGGUACAGAAGACAUCCAUGAAUUCACGAGCAAAAAGAACUCUACAGAAAGUACGUUUCAACUGUGAAGGCGCAAUCUUGCGUAGACUUUUAUGAGUACGUCCCAUGGAAAUAUGUGGGAUUUUCUUCCCUGCCAACAUGAUUCGGAUGGAGCAGCACGCAACAAGUCCGGUACGCAAAUAUUAGCUGGUAAGUCUACGGUGAGGAGGUAAAAAAAAAAAAACCUAGGAUAAGAAAUGGAGGCUUUGAGGUGGCUGCGCUCCAGUACUGGGGGUGGAGAACCAGCUGUGGUUACCAUGGCGAUGGCUCACACCGCUAUUCAUCCCUCCCUCCUCCACCCCCACGCACUCCUCGUUGCUAUGACAUCAAUUCAGCCAAUCGGCAGCCCAGUUGAAAAGCCGGCCCUUUAGUGUUCGAGCGAAGCGGGGAAGAGUUUUGCAGUGCACUAAAGAGGAAGUGUGUCUCCUUGAGCUGGUGCCGCCCCCGGAAGUAGGCGUUGAGUGGAGGGGAGGUAUAUUGGCGGUGAAGCUCGUCCAACUCUUGGCUGCUCCCGGCUUAGUCGAUUCUCGUAGAAUUGAGCGGAGGCGACGGCGCUGUCAAAGGUGGAGUCGGUGGCUCGAGCGGGUCUCGCGAGAAUCACCUCCGUCAGUCAGGAGGCGGAGAGCGGAACCGUUCCUCUUCCUCCUCCCCUCGCUGCUACCUCUUCCCCCCCUCCCUUCUCCCGCCUCCUCCCCCUCCAGGAAGAGUCUGGGCCCAGUACGGGAAGAUGGCGGCGGCCGGAGGCGGCAGCAGCAGUGGCUGCGGCGGCGGCUUCUGGACCGCGGAAGGGCCCGAGCUGUGAGACCCCAGCGCGGGGCCGGCGUGGACGGGCGGUCAGCGAGCGGAGGCGGAGGAUGAGCUUGCUUUGCGCUCAGUAUCUCCGGCAGGCAGAAGUCCUGAAGGCUGACAUGACAGAUUCGAAGCUGGGUCCAGCCGAAGCCUGGACAUCCAGACAAGCUUUACAGGACUUAUACCAGAAAAUGCUUGUUACAGAUUUGGAAUACGCAUUGGACAAAAAAGUGGAACAAGAUCUAUGGAAUCAUGCCUUUAAGAAUCAGAUUACUACUCUACAGGGUCAGGCAAAAAACCGAUCAAAUCCAAAUCGGAGUGAGGUUCAGGCAAACCUUUCUCUGUUCCUAGAGGCAGCUAGUGGCUUCUACACACAGCUGCUGCAGGAGCUGUGUACAGUAUUUAAUGUAGAUUUGCCCUGUCGUGUGAAGUCCUCCCAACUGGGAAUUAUCAGCAAUAAACAGACGCACACCAGCGCCAUUGUGAAGCCACAAUCUAGUUCCUGCUCAUAUAUAUGCCAGCACUGCCUUGUCCACCUUGGAGACAUUGCUCGCUACAGAAAUCAGACCAGCCAGGCUGAGUCCUACUAUAGGCAUGCAGCUCAACUUGUCCCCUCCAAUGGUCAGCCUUACAACCAGCUGGCUAUUUUAGCAUCCUCCAAAGGAGACCACCUGACCACAAUUUUCUACUACUGCAGAAGCAUUGCUGUGAAGUUCCCUUUCCCAGCAGCCUCUACUAAUCUACAAAAAGCACUUUCUAAAGCACUGGAAAGUCGUGAUGAGGUGAAGACUCAGUGGGGGGUGUCUGAUUUCAUUAAGGCUUUUAUAAAAUUCCAUGGCCAUGUGUAUCUUAGUAAGAACUUGGAGAAACUGAAUCCUCUUCGUGAGAAAUUAGAAGAGCAGUUUAAGAGGCUGUUGUUCCAAAAAAACUUUAAUUCUCAGCAACUAGUCCAUAUUACUGUCAUCAACCUGUUUCAAUUGCAUCACUUGCGAGACUUCAGCAAUGAGACUGAACAGCACAGUUACAGCCAGGAUGAACAGCUCUGCUGGACACAGUUGCUGGCACUCUUCAUGUCUUUUCUUGGAAUCUUGUGCAAGUGUCCACUCCAGAAUGAUUUCCAGGAAGAGUCUUGGGGCUCUUAUCCCCUUCCUGCACUUAAAGUCUCAAUGGACUGGCUGAAACUGAGACCCAGUGUAUUUCAGGAGUCUGCGGUAGAUGAAAGACAAUACGUUUGGCCUUGGCUGAUCUCCCUUCUAAACAGUUUCCAGCCUCAUGAGGAAGACCUGUCCUGCCAUAAUACCACUCCUCUUCCAGAGGAGUUUGAGCUACAGGGAUUCUUAGCUCUGAGACCCUCCUUUAGGAAUUUGGAUUUCUCCAAAGGCCAUCAGGGGAUUACUGGAGACAAGGAAGGGCAACAUCGGCGUAUACGGCAACAACGCCUGAUCUUUGUGGGCAAAUGGAUUGCUGACAACCAGCCAAGAUUGAUCCAGUGUGAAAAUGAAGUUGGGAAACUUCUGUUUUUGACAGAUAUUCCAGAAUUGCUUCUUGAUGAGCAUAGUGAAGACAAACAGAAUAAUGUUUUGCAGGAAGCUUCAGAGCCACAGUUUGUAGAUGGAAGCCCAGGACUUAAGUCUGUGCUAUCAACAGGUCGAAACCUGAGCAGCAGCUGCGAUGCAGGAGAUAAGCCAAUGGUGACAUUCAAAGAGAAUAUUAAGCCACGAGAGGUGAACAGAGAGCCAAGCCGAAGCUAUCUGACUAAGGAAGUGGGUAGGGAAAGAAGAGACUAUAGCAAAGGAGUAACAGCCAAUAAAAAUGAUGGGAAGAAGGACAACAACAACAAGAGAAAGAAUGAAAUCAAGAAGUGUGGCAUGGAAAAGAUGCAAGAAGCAGGGAAGCAGAAUGUUGCAGUGCAGGUGAAAUCUCAGACAGAGCUGAGGAAGACUCCUGUAUCUGAAGCCAGGAAAACACCAGUAACUCAGUCUCCAAACCAGGCCAGCAACUCCCAGUUCAUCCCCAUCCAUCACCCAGGAGCUUUUCCUCCACUUCCCAGCCGGCCAGGCUUCCCACCUCCCACCUAUGUUAUUCCUCCUCCUGUGGCUUUCUCAAUGAGCUCAGGAUACACUUUCCCAGGUGGUGUUUCCGUCCCAGGAACCUUUCUUCAGCCUGCAGCUCACUCACCUGCAGGAAAUCAGGUGCAAGCUGGGAAGCCCUCCCACAUUCCGUACAGCCAGCAGCGGCCCUCUGGACCAGGCCCAAUGAACCAGGGACUUCAGCAGGCGCCAUCCCCUUCUCAGCAGUCCCUUGCAUCCUUACCAGCUCAGGCAACAGCACAGUCUGCAAGCCAAUUACAGGUUCAGGCCCUGGCGCAGCAGCAGCAGCAGCAGCAGCAAGUGUUACAGGUUCAGGCUCUGGCGCAGCAGCAGCAGCAGCAGCAACAGUCUCCUACAAAAGCUGUGCAGGGCUUAGGGAAGAGCCCUCCACACCACUCUGGUUUCCAGCAGUUUUCACAGGCAGAUUCCUCCAAGCAGCUGUGGAACCCUCCUCAGAUUCAAGGCCCAUUGGGGAAGAUCAUGCCUGUGAAGCAGCCCUACUAUCUUCAGGGCCAGGAUCCCCUUAAACUGUUUGAACAGUCAUUGCAGCCCCCCCUCCUGCAACAGCAGCAGCCUCUGGAGAAGAAAAUGAAGCCUUUCCCCAUGGAGCCAUAUAACCAGAAUCCCUCAGAGGUCAAGGUGCCAGAAUUCUACUGGGACUCCUAUGGUAUUGCUGAUAACCGCAUGGUGAUGGCACAGCAGCAAACUAACAUGGAUCGUCGAGGGAAACGUCAGCAAGGAGUCUUCCGCCCAGAGCAGGAUCCAGUGCCUAGGAUGGGUUUUGAGGACCCCAAGAGCUCCCCUCUGCUUCCUCCGGACCUGUUAAAGAGUCUGGCUGCCUUGGAGGAGGAGGAAGAGCUGAUUUUCUCUAAUCCUCCUGAUCUUUACCCAGCUCUGCUGGGGCCUCUCGCCUCUCUUCCUGGACGAAGCCUCUUUAAAUCGCUGCUAGAGAAACCAUCAGAUCUGAUGUCUCAGUCACCAUCUUUCCUGUCCCUCACAGGCUUCUCUCUUAAUCAGGAAAGGUAUCCAAACAGCAUGUUCAAUGAAGUUUAUGGGAAAAACCUCAACGCCAGCACAAAAACAGAGGUCACUCCAUCAGUGGGCCACCAGGAGACUUCACUCUACUCUCUCUUUGAAGGUACUCCAUGGUCUCCAUCUCUUCCAGCCAGUUCAGAUCAUUCAACGCCAGCCAGCCAAUCUCCUCAUUCAUCCAACCCAAGCAGCUUGCCAAGCUCGCCUCCAACUCACAAUCACAAUUCAGUUCCAUUCUCCAACUUUGGGCCCAUUGGGACACCGGACAACAGAGAGCGUAGAGUAGCAGAUCGAUGGAAGACAGAUAAGCCAGCAAUGGGAGGAUUUGGCUUAGACUAUCUUCCAGCAACAUCUUCCUCCUCAGAGAGUAGCUGGCACCCAACUGGUACUCCCAGUGGCACUUGGUCAGCCCAUGGCCCAUCCAUAGAGGAUUCGUCAGCUGUGCUUAUGGAAAGUCUGAAGUCUAUCUGGUCCAGUUCCAUGAUGCACCCUGGACCUUCUGCCCUGGAGCAGCUGUUGAUGCAGCAGAAGCAGAAGCAGCAACGUGGGCAAGGUGCCAUGAAUCCACCACACUGAGAAUGAAAGAAGGUGGCAACCUUUGCAACCAAAAGCUCCAUACAUUAUGGCAUGUUGGGUUUGCAGGACUGUCCCACACAGUCCUGUGAGUGUGGCAGCCCUCUCUUCUGUUCCUUGCUGUCAGGAGGGCGUAAGUGCUCCACCAACCCACUGAGUGUGCACGAAAAUGUCUGCAGUGCAAUGGAAAACCAACACCAGGAACUCUCCCGUCCCUCCAGGGCCCUCUGGAGGGAGAGAGGGACUGCUGUUUGUCUCACGGUAACCUGAUAUCACCGCCUCUCACCUUCUCCAUCGUGCAUGUCCCCAGCCACGUGGGAAAAUAAAAAGCUGAGAAUGAAGAGCAGAUGGGAGAAGCCACUGAGAACUUCUCGAUCCUUCUCAAUCUUGGGGAAACUAAUAGGAAUCUAUUACGGAUAGCUUUGCUGACUGAGAAUAUAGUUGAAAUUUAUUCCUCAACAUCUAAAUUUCUAAUUAUUACUCUCUCAGUAGUGAGGUCACACUGAAUUCUUCCAUACACAGAUGUUCUUUCUAGUCAGUGUGUAGCAAGCCCUCCAGUUACUGGUCCAGCCAGAGGUGGGUGGUGGUAGAUUAGGUGGCGGGCUAUUUUUUUAAAAAAUUCUCCUGGGUUAGAUGAGGUGUUUUCUUGAAGGAGAAUCUGGCCCCUCCAGCACCACUUUCACCUGUUCCUCAGAGGCGAUCUCGGUAGAAGCCGGGACACGGGAGAGAUUCCAGUACUGAAGUGCAGUAGCCACUGCAGGGUCCCCAUUAGGGCAAACAAGCCACUGCUGUGGGGUUUUAAGUUAAAUGGUUCAGAUUCCUGUACAUUUUAUGAUAGCGUAGUGACCAGCCUCAUGAAAUGGCAAGCUGGUCUGUGCAUUCACAGCCUGACUCUUUUAUGUAGGUAGGUAGAAGCUUUCUGUGUCUUUUUUCCCCUCACCCCCUUUUCUUCCCUCCCCUCUCCUUGCUGGUUGCUAGUAGUUCUAUUCUUCAUAUACAGCAUCCCAUAGAGUUCUAGUGGAAUAAUGAGGGGCAAAGGAAGUAGUCUGGACAGGAUAAUGUGUGCCGUCCCCCUCCCCAGUAGUAGGUGUACUCCCCCCGGCUCGCACACACUUGUAGCCGCCAAGUUCCAGUUCUGGAAUGGGAGGUUCACGGCCACAGGGGACACAUGAUGACACGGAGCCCGCAUGCAGAAGCCAAUCGUUCCUCUUGCUCCCAGCAGAGUGCAGAAUGGAGUCAAGGGUUCCUCUUUAUAUUUAUUGAGCAGAAGGAAGAUGGCAACUCUUCUCCUCACAUAGGACAAAAGGACAGGAUUUCUUCUAGUUUCCCAGGGUAGCUAUGGAAAUAAUCUCAAUGUUAUAAACUGCUGCAGUUGCAGGCGUGUGUGUGUGUGUGUGUCAGUUCAGGAUCUGUCAGCUGGGAAAUGGCUACAGAGAAAAGCACAUCCAGGGUUCACACGUGACACUGGAGACGGGGAGCAGCCCCAAAUAGACUUUAUAAAGGGAAGAUGUACACAUAGUGAUCUCUAUAGAAUAGGAAUUGGACCCUGUAUGCCUCCCCAAGCUAGCAGUGUCGCUGCUAAAACAUGUUCCUCUUAAAAUAAAAUAAAAUAAAUAAAAUAAAAUAAAAAAGGAGUCUCGAAGAAGAAGUUCCUGCCCUGGUUGUAAUGUUAAGCUAAGACCCUCUGUGCUUCUUUGGUUCCCGGCCCCCACUUCCCUCCCGCCCCUUUCUCCUAGUUUGUGUAUUUGAGCUGUGCACCCAAGCAGCUGCAACAUUCCAGUGUUUGAAAUGCCACUGAUUCUUGCACCCCUAGACGACCUAACCAGGUUCACCAUCUCACUCUCUCAGCAGGGCCAGAGUCCCAGCCCAUAGGCUCCCAUUUCUGCAUGAGAAAUCUGGUGUUUGGAAUUUUUUUUUCCCCUGAAUUUUUGGGCAGGCUCUCCCCUCCAUACACUCCUUUCCCUUCUCUACUAUGUCAGGAGCCUCAAGGGAAUGGGAGCCCCCAGCAGAGAAAAAUGGUUUGUGUCGUAAGCUUCUUUUGUGUUUUUGUCUGUCUGUGCGAGACCUGCAGCUGCUGAACUCAGCUUUGCCUUUAAUUAAACCAUGUUCUCUACA